AUGAGCGGCUCGAACAAAGCAGCAGCUUGCCUCUCCGUCUCCAGCACAAUUGCUGCUGCUGCUGCUGCUGCUGCUGCUGCAGCAGAAGCAAGCGCACCGGCAGCGGCACAAGCACCAGCAGCAGGAGCAGCAGAAAACGCACCAGCAGCAGCAGAAGCACCAGCGGGAGCAGCAGCAGCAGCAGCAACACCUGCAGCAGCAGCAGCAGCAGCAGGUGGGAGGUGCGUGGAAGUGUUUGGGGUGGUGCUGGUGGACCCUUGCUGCUGCGCUGCUGCUGCUGCUCAGAUGAGGGCUUUGCUGCUGCUGCAUGCAAAGGCCCCCAAGGGCUUUUUGGCUCUCCACUUCGUAACUGCCAGCUGGGCCUACGCGUCUGUCCUCGAGGUGCCCCAAACCCUAAACCCUAAACCCUAA